AUGAGAGCCUUGAAAUCUGGCGUUGAUGACAACCGACAGAAAAUAAAUGAACUGAUUGAGCAAAAUAAACAAUUGAGUGAUAAAAUUGACACAAUGGAAAAUGCAGGUGAUAAAAUGAAGGCGCACAUGUUACGGAACAAUUUAAUUUUCCACGGCAUUCCACAGAGUGGUUUGGAAACAUGGGAACAGAUGGAAGAGUUACUAUGUGGAUUUAUUACUGAUAAACUGGAUAUUGACGGUUCACAGAUAGAAUUUCAGAUUGUUCACCGUUUAACUUAUGCCCGUAGCCGACCACAACCAAUAAUAGGCAAGUUUCUUAGGUAUAAACAGAGGGAUGAAGUUCUACGUGCUGCUGUGAAAUUAAAAGGGACGGAAUUCCGUAUUCGCGAGGACUUCACUCCUAAAAUCAGAGAUCUACGCCGAAAAUUAGGUAAAUUUGUGGUGGAUGCAAGAGCAGAAG